AUGAAAUUAAUUUUUCUGUUGCAAAAAAAGAAAUUACUUAACCGUCCGAACAUUUCAGAUUAUUUCCCUUAUUUCUCUAACCUAGUCAAAAGAGUUGGACCGUUGGUGCAUUUUAAAAUUAUACUGAAUGACUACAUCUUAUUAAACGAUCCCGAUGACGUAAAGAUAUUCUUGUCCAGUACUGAACAUAUUACCAAAGGACCGGAUUACAAGUUUCUCGAGCCCUGGUUAAGCAAAGGGCUUUUGACCAGCACCGAUGAAAAAUGGCAAACGCGAAGAAAGUUACUGACCAAUACGUUCCACUUCAAAAUAUUAGGAACAUACAUACCGGCAUUCAACAAGCAUGCAUACAAUUUAGUGCAAAACCUCGCCAAGGCAUCGAAAAACGAUGAACAUAUUACGGACAUAUAUUCUUACAUGACUUUAUGCGCUUUAGAUAUUGUAUGCGAAACAAUUAUGGGCGUGAGCUUAAGAUCUCAAGAAGAACAAUCGACCGAUUACGUAAAUGCAAUAAAAAACGUGAGUCGUAUAAUCAUGAAAAGAAUUUUCACACUAUGGCUUUGGAGUGAUACGAUUUUCAACGUCAGUCCUUCCGGCAGAGACUUUUACAAAUCAUUAAAAGUACUGCACACAUUUACUGAAAACGUUAUUCAGGAAAGAAAACAAAAACUUAAUGACGCCAAAAAUGAAAUGGCCGAAAAUAAUGAAAGAAAAAAAGUAUAUUCAUUCCUGGACCUAUUAAUAGGUAUUUCCAACGAACAUCCAAACUCAAUGACAGACGCUGACAUUCGAGAAGAAGUAGACACUUUUCUAUUCGAAGGACACGAUACAUCUUCAUUAGCUAUGACAAUGGCGUUGAUUCACAUCGGCAUGAAUCAAAACAUUCAGGAUGACAUCCGAGAAGAGCUUUAUGGAAUAUUUGGUGACAGCGAUCGAGAUGCUACAAUGGAAGACCUUAGAGCCAUGCCGAUAUUGGAGAGAGUAAUAAAGGAAACCAUGAGACUUUACCCUAGUGUUCCGGGUAUACAAAGAAAACUUAAUCAACCGUUACGUCUGAAAAACCACAUAAUACCUGCAGGAUCAGUUGUACACAUCAUUAUUUAUUUGUUGCAUCGUGACGAGUCAAUGUAUCCAAAUCCAGAAGCAUUUAAUCCCGAUAGAUUUUUACCAGAACAUUGUAACGGCCGACACCCAUUCGGAUACAUACCGUUUAGCGCCGGACCGAGAAACUGUAUUGGUCAGAAAUUCGCCAUGUAUCAAAUGAAGACUGUAAUAUCAACGGUUGUUAGAUGCAUGAAAUUGGAGACACUAGGAACACAAAAAGAUAUUGUCGUUGUUCCAGAGCCGGUAUUAAGAGCCGUUUCUUUGCCAAGUGUAAAAAUAACACCA